AUGGCGAUGUCUUCCCGCGCCGGUGUCCUGCGUCUGGGCUGCCGGGCGGCGCCAGCUUUUUUCUCCUUGAGCCACCGCCGCUUGCUGUUCGCUGCAGCGCCUCUUCAGUCCUUCUCGGUGACAAACAAGCAAUUUCAUCCAGAGGGUCUCGAAGCUCAGGCUCCGCGUCCUCACCAGGGGUUGGACAUGCGCAAAAUCCACGAUCACAAGUGGAUCAGCCCGUUCACAACCAGGGUGCCUCAGAGAUCAGGCUAUCAGUAUGACAUUGGGAAAUUGCCGUCGCUCCACGCGUGCACACACGCUGAAAUCGCCUCCUUCUUCGACGUCGAGAAUAUGCUGCAAAAGUACACCUUGAGGCAGAUUGGCACCAUGAUGCUUCCAAUGUUCAACUGGCUGUCCAUGGUGAUCCUCAGCAUUGUGUUGGUUGCUUGCCCCUUCCUCGCUUUCGUCUUUUAUGAACAACGGUUUGAACCGGUGGAGCACCACAUGCCACGCGACGAAUAUUUCAAGAAUUUCAGAUGGAACUACUGGGGUGGACACCUGGACCACCAUGCCUAUGGUCAGUAUUUGGAGGCGCGUCGCGCGAAGAAAUGGAGAGACAUGGAUAUUAAUCCCGACGACUGGAUUCCCCCCCAGUACCGCGGUGCGCAGUAG